CCUGGCAGGUUCAACAUGUGUUUACAUUGAGGUAAUCUGAGGUUGUCCUCCUUCAGCUGCAUUUUUGGCGGAUUAAACCUUCUCCAAGUCCCUUUUUAUACCACCAGUAUGUCUUCAAAAAGCCGAGAUAAUGAAGAAACUUUGGAGGGACUGAAGGAGGAGCUGAACAAGAAGAUCAAGGAGCAGAAGGUUGUUGUGGACGAACUUUCUAACCUGAAGAAAAACAGAAGAGUCUACGUCCAGCAGCGGAACAGUAAUAUCUUCUUCCUGGCGGACAGAAGUCAAACUCUGGGUUCAUGCAAAAAGGAGCUGGAUAACAUGAAGAAGGAGCUGCAGGACUUGUGAAAGAGGCCCUCAGAACCGCCGCCAUGUGCGGCAUCUUCUGUUUGUUGAGUCUGUCUGGGUCUCACUCUGAGUGUGAGAAAACCAUCAAGGAACACCUGAG